CUAUCUUGACUCUCAGUAUCAGGGUCUGCUGUCUGCCAGUACAGUACUGUACUGGAGAUGCCAAGAUGGCUGCAAGCAAUUAUUUCGGCUUCACACAUGGUGCCGGUCCGCAAUACAGUACCCAGCCUCCCCCAGCCUACUCCCAUCCCUCCACAGCCAGUUACAGUGUCCAGCAGGCUCCAGCUGUGGCUCAUGCAGUGACUGCGUCCUACUCUCCCGCUCCAGUCCAGGCAGCCCGGCCUGUGGUCACUGCCCCGUAUCCUACCUAUCAGAGCCAUCAGGCUCCGCCUGACUAUGCCUACAGGCAGCCCGGCACCCCCGCACCCCCACAGCCCACCACCACCCCGCAGACGUACCAGGUAUACUCAGAAACGCAGGACAACUACAGCUACGGCCGUCCUGCAGCUGUGACUACCUAUGACAAUAAGCAGUACUAUCAGACCAGUAUCGCUACGGCUCAGAGGACACCCACAGAGAAUUACUACCAGACUGUGGGCGUAAAGAGUGCUUACAGUCCAGCCCCCACCACUGUGUACAGCCAGCCUCCUCCUCCCCAGAGGCAGGUAACGGCCCUGAAGCCUCUGGCCCCAUCCAGCUCUGUGUCCACCAGCUAUAACAUCUACCCAGUGUCCACCAGUGUCCAGCAGCCGCCCACACCCAUUUCAUCUUACACCCUCGGGUCCUCCUUUGGCUCUACUGUUUCAGCCACGACCUACUCAGGCAUUAGCUACUCCAGUUAUGACUCAACUGGCUACACCUCCACAUCCACCCCCUCCUAUUACCAGCCGGCCCAGCAGACUCUCACCCAGCCGCAGCCUCCACCUCAGCAGCCGCAACAGCCCCAGCCCCCCAUCCAGCCGCCACCCAAGCAGCUGACGAGCUCGUCCUGGAGCAACUCGGGCAGCAACAUGGUGACAGCACCGGCUGGCAACACCUACAAAAAGCCAACGUUUCACCAGAGCAAGCUGCAGAAGCCCAAAGGGCCUCCCAAGCAGCCCCAACUCCAUUACUGUGACAUUUGCAAGAUUAGUUGUGCAGGCCCUCAGACGUACCGGGAGCACCUUGAGGGCCAGAAGCAUAAGAAAAAAGAGGCUGCCCUUAAAUCAGGAGGGCAGACAGGGGCCAGCAACGGGCCGAGAGGGGUCCAGACCCAGUUACGCUGUGAGCUAUGUGACGUCUCCUGCACUGGAGUGGACGCCUAUGCCGCCCAUAUCCGUGGGGCCAAACACCAGAAGGUGGUGAAACUUCACACCAAGCUGGGCAAACCUAUACCUUCCACUGAGCCCGUGUUGGUGAAUUCGGCUCCAGUUAUCACGACCUCGACAGCUGGGAAACCUCCAGUCUCUUCAUCCACUGCUGCCUCUGUCUCAACCACUUCAACUCCCGCUGCGACACCUAAACAGGUGGCAGUAAACGCAAUGGCCAAAACAGCAGCACCAGUCCAGAAGAAACCAGCUCCUACAAAAAUAACUGUCAUUUCCAAUAAGCCUGCCAGUGCUCCGGCAGCUACAGUGACAGCAGCAGCAGCGGUGGUGGUGGCUGCCAAGGUGGAGGAGCAACAGUCCGUUCAGAGGAUGGAGCCUCACAGCGAUGAUGACGACAGUGACAGAGCCGGAGGCCAGGGUGACAUUCAGCCAGUGGGACACGACUACGUGGAGGAGGUUCGUAACGAUGACGGAAAAGUGAUUCGAUUCCACUGUAAACUGUGUGAGUGCAGCUUCAACGACCCCAACGCUAAAGACAUGCACCUGAAGGGGAGACGGCACAGACUCCAGUACAAGAAGAAAGUGAACCCUGAGCUUCCUGUGGAGAUCAAGCCUAGUAACCGGGCCAGGAAGCUGCAGGAGAGCAAGCUGAAGAAGCAGAAGCAGAAGGCGGUGCUGAAGAGACAGAGAGACGAUGAGCAGCGCUGGCACAUGGAGAUGAGGUCAGACCCAUGGCCAAAGCGAUAUGAGGAAGACAUGUACUGGAGAAGGAUCGAGGAGGAGCAGAUGUACUGGGGGGAGCAGAGACGCAGAAUGGCUCCUCCACCGCUCAUGAGCCGCCCUGGUAUGCCAGUACCCCCUCUGCUGACGUGUGUGCGUCGGCCAGACUCCCCUGAUGACCGUCACAUCAUGGCUAAACACUCUACCAUUUACCCGGUAGAGGAAGAGCUGCAGGCUGUUCAGAGGAUUGUCUCCCACUCUGAGAGAGCCCUUAAACUAGUGUCAGACUCACUUCUGGAGAAGGAGGCACCAGCUGUUGAAACCGCUGCUACCGAAGGAGGAGAGGAAAAAGGUACUGAGAACGCAGCACGGCUGCUAAAAGGUGUGAUGAGGGUGGGCAUCCUGGCCAAAGGCCUGCUGCUACGUGGGGACAGAAAUGUUGAGCUCAUCCUGCUAACCGCUAAGAAACCCACCAUCACUUUACUGAAGAACAUCGCCAAGCAGCUGCCCAAAGAACUCGAGACAUUUUCUGAAGAUCAGUAUGAGGUGCAGGCUCACCCCGAGGAGGCGAACAUCGUGAUAUUUUCAAGCAAGGAGCCCAAAAUGCAGGUGACCAUUUCUCUCACCUCGCCGCUGAUGAGGGAGGACCCUGCUACUGAGAAGGACAAGCAGGCAGCAGGAAAAGCGGCUGAGAAAGGUGUGGCUGAAAAGGACCCAACUGAUCUUCUGAAUAAGAAGAAAUGUCUGGAAUACCUGGCUGCUCUCCGACACGCCAAAUGGUUUCAGGCUCGUGCCAACGGGCUGCAGUCCUGUGUGAUUAUCAUUCGGGUGCUAAGAGAUUUAUGUCAGAGGGUUCCCACCUGGGGGAAGAUGCCCGGCUGGGCGAUGGAGCUGCUGGUGGAGAAAGUGAUCAGCAGUGCUGCAGGCCCGCUCAGCCCAGGAGAGGCCAUGCGCCGAGUCCUGGAGUGCAUCUCCACAGGCAUCCUGCUACCAGAUGGACCAGGGUUGAUGGACCCCUGUGAGAAAGAGCCAACAGAUGCUCUGGAGAGCAUGAUGCUUCAAGCCAGAGAGGACAUAACUGCCAGCGCACAGCAUGCGCUGCGGCUGCUUGCUUUCCGUCAGAUCCACAAGGUUCUGGGCAUGGAGUCUCUGCCGGCGUCCAAGGCCAGCGCUCGAAACCGCAAGCGUCGGCGGGACGGCAGCGAGACGGGCGAAGGAGAGGGGGAGGGCAAGAAGGACAAGAAGGAGGAAGCAUCGACUGCUUGACCUUUGUGUCCACAGCGGAGGCGUUUGCUAGUUUAGAGACUGGUAGAAUGUCACAACUUUCAACUUUUUCUUAUCUCGAAAACAAUCUUAACACGCAGCUAUACACAUAUGAAUAUAACUGACUGUACAUGUUACAUGUCUGCCCUUGAAUUAGGAGGAGUCAUGUGUUGGGAGGAGGAGACUGAAGCUUGAGAACCUGUACUGCAAAUCCUUCUCUCUUAUAGUAAUAUCCCACAAGAUUCAGUGUCUUUUAAAGUGUGCAGAGGAAAUUGGCUCAGUAAAAAUCAUGAAAAUGACUGAUUGCAUUAUUGCACACAAACUACUGACCAUCCCUCCCCUGUUUAUUCACCGUAGCUUAACCACUAAUGUGUACUACAGUUGUGUUGUUUUCUACGAUGUUGAAGGGAAGCUUUGGUUUGUUUCAACCUGGACCCUACUUUUCCAUGUUUUUGUAUCAAAGUGACUAAUGGGAACAACAUUUUUUAUUAAAGUGGUCCAGUAUUGAGAAAAUAGCAGCUGUAAAACAAGCUUCAAUGUAAUCCCUAUGGGUAAUUGUGCACCAUCAAUUAACGUCCACUACAAGUGCUCGUUUUGCCACUGACAGGCUUAUAGAAGAAAGACCCUACAGAGAAAUUAAACAUUUGUCCCGUUUGUUAUUGUGACCAAAUCUCGCUCAAAGACAAGUCUCCUUAUGAAAUCUUGCGAAAGGCUACUUUUUGCUGGAAAAACAACGGUAGAGGCGUUACAGAGAGUUGGAGAGAGGAGUGUCAGGAAGAGUUUGAUGUGUUGGAGUACAAGAAAUAUAGCUUAAGCCCUGUUUCCACCAAACACUUCUGGUAUGGUACCUUUAAAACAAAAGUAGCCCUGCAGACAUGGUACCUAGACUCUAGCGUUUCCACCGCAUAUCGUACUCUUGAAAUGUGGGUGGGGUUUUUGUCACUCAUUGCUUUGUGCAGCACUCACUGUAUGUCCUCAUUUAUCAGUCUGCCCCUUGCUUAUCGUCCACAGAACGAGACUGCACGGCGAUAUUUCUGAACAAAAUAAAACAGGCUGCAGUGAGAGUCUCUCUCUGGGAUAUUUAAGAAUAGUGGGUUUGUGCAUUUAGUCCUUCUCAGGCAAGCUCAGGGGUUUAGUGUUGCUGGAGUCCACAGGAACGACGCUCUGUGAUGCUUUCUUUCCUCUCCGAGCAAGGUUUGAUACACACAGUUCAUAUAAUCUGGUCAAAUUAAAAUAUAUUUUUAAACACUUGAAGAUCCACUCAUAUCUAAAAGUGUCUGUCAUCCAAGAGAGGGAAUUAAAACUAAAGUAAUGGGCAAAGUUUCAUUGGAUUCAUGUCGUCAUACAUAGCUCAUACAUGACUAACACAAGUAAUCGUUCCACCCUUUCUCAGACUACAGCUGCUGAAAGAGGCAGCAAAACAUCCUUUCAUUUUACAGUUUUAGUUUACUAAUAUAUGUAAAACUCUCCACAAGCUUCAAAACCAGCCACAACUCAGCCCUGAUCAGAGUGACUGUCUGCCAUUAACCAAUCAAUGGACUGCAGUGUUCACAGCUCCACCUUUUAGUACCAGAUCUGUGUGCUAGGUACCCCAACAGAGGGGACGCGGUACUGAACACGUCCAUUGGUACCAUCCACAACUUUUCACAUCGGAAACAGAAAAACAGCGUACGGGACUGAACUGUACGGUACUGCUUGGUGGAAACGGCUUUAGUGUGAUCGAAAAGAUUUUCAGUGACAAUGUGGAAAAGAUUUCAUGAGAUUUCAGAACAAGACUUGAGCAAGUCUUGGUCACAAUAACAAAUAGACGAGUUAAAGGUAAAGAAAAAAAAAUCUCUGUUGCUUUUAAUAACCAAUACCAAACACUUCCCAGUGGACAGUUGCCUGUAGGGACUACAUGCAGCCUGUUGCACCACUGCAGCUCUCAGUGUUGGACCAGUUUCAAAAAUUGUUGCUCUCGUUAGUCACUUAGACAGAAAACAUGAGAACAUAGACCCAGGUUGAAACAAAUCAAAAUUUCCAUUUAAAGCCUCCAGUUAAAUCAUCAGCACUUUAAGCUUUAUUUCCAACAGAGUCUGAUCUCUUCUGCUCGAGUCAGGACCGAACUAACGUUUGUGCGUGACAUUUGUACACUGAAAUGUGUUGUUCACCCUGUGUUUAAAAAAGAAAAGACAGGGGUUCAAGUUUAGAAGCUUUGAAACUGCGAGAAAGAUCACAGAAGGCUGACCGUGUUAGGUGUACAUACAGUACUGUGAUGUUCAUUGUGCCUAAAAUGACACAUUAGCUGCUUCUCUUCACGCCCUCUAGGCUCCCUCUGAAGCCUCAACAUUUCCUCAUACAUUUGACAAUUCAAGAUAAAAGUUGUGAAACCCCAAAAGGCCCUGCAUCACACCUGAAAAACAAGGCUACACUAAAAUAACUUCCUUUUUGAAAUACGUCACCAUGGUUUUGCCAUAAACGUACAAAGACACAGAAGCUCUGCCUUGUGAGUUUUUCUGUGGAGGUCACACUGGAGAUUAAAUCUGUCUGAGGAGAGAGAGAGAGAGAGGUCUUAUGUUGCACAGUCUGUAGCAUGCUGAGGGAAUGAAGCACUUAAGAAAUGACAAUGUUACUGUAUGCAGCCAUAACUGUAUCAUUUAAAUAAUAUGCCUAGUAAUCUUUUUUCUUCCAGAGUAUGGUUAGCAGAAGAGAGAAGCUUUAGUGUGAAAAAUAAGACUGAAUAUCUACUGUAAUGAUCAAGUAGUCCUUUGACUUUCUUCCUUGUGCCUGCAUCAUGGUGUGUGUCACAGAGUACGGGGAACAUUUAUGUUUUUGUCGGGUUGAUAUUGUAUUGAGCUCAUUUCACACAGAUGUAGGACAGGGAAGGGACAGUUGCACAACUAUUUGGCUUAAAAGUUGACGUGAGAGAAUUAUUGUGCCGUUUUUAGUUUGAUUUUCAUUUAUCAAGAGCAUCAUAUAAGUAUUGCUUAUUUUAUUUCUGAAGGAAUCUAUUUUGUAUUGUUUAAAAAAGGAAAGUGUGAACGUUGCUGUCCUUUAUUAUUUGAAUGUCUUUGUAGUGUUGCAAAAUUAAGGGGAGAUAUUAAAACACUUUUAAGCCA